AUAGCUGAAGCAACCUUCAUGUUCGAGCGUCUUUCGGAAUUAAGUCUGACUCUUUACGUAUCUGACGCUGAGAUUGGCCCAGUUAGAGAGUUUGUGUCACCAUGGCAGAGCAUAUGGAGGUAUCAACCACAGAGGGAACUACAGAAAAAAAAAUGGCAUCAGAAGAUUGUAAUUCUACCCCAGAAUUAAUGAAAUCUGGGAAAUAUUGUUGGAGGUGUCAGAAAGAAAUGGAUGGAUUGUCUACAUACAAACCAGAAGAAAUGACUUCCAAGGAUUAUUAUUUUGACUCCUAUGCUCAUUUUGGCAUCCAUGAGGAGAUGUUAAAAGAUGAAGUGCGUACUCUAACCUAUAGAAAUGCCAUGUAUCACAACAAGCAUCUGUUCCGAGGAAAGGUGGUUUUGGACAUUGGGAGUGGAACUGGUAUUCUUUGCAUGUUUGCUGCAAAGGCAGGAGCUGCUAAGGUUAUUGGGAUAGAAUGUUCCAGUAUAGUUGAACAUGCAGAGCAAAUAGUAAAAGAAAAUUAUCAUGAUGAUGUGAUAACCAUGGUGAGAGGAAAAGUGGAAGAAGUGGAAUUACCAGAUGGAAUUGACAAAGUAGAUAUUAUAAUUUCUGAAUGGAUGGGGUACUGUCUUCUAUAUGAGUCAAUGUUGGACACUGUUCGUUUUGCACGAGAUAAGUGGCUGAAACCAGAUGGUUUGAUGUUUCCAGAUAGAUGUACUCUAUUUAUUACUGCUAUUGAAGAUAGACAAUAUAAAGAUGAGAAGAUCAAUUGGUGGGAUAGUGUGUAUGGCUUCAACAUGUCAUGCAUCAGGAAAGUAGCUAUCUCUGAGCCCCUUGUUGAUGUUGUUGACCCUAAACAGGUAGUCACCAAUGCUUGUCUCUUAAAGGAAGUAGAUUUGUACAAUGUUAAGUCAGAAGAUUUGGUGUUCCAGUCUCCCUUCCAUUUACAAGUUCGUCGAGAUGAUUAUAUUCAGGCAUUUGUCACGUUUUUUAACGUAGAGUUCACAAAGUGUCACAAACGAACAGGAUUUUCCACAGCUCCUGAAGCUCCUUACACUCACUGGAAGCAGACUGUUUUCUAUUUUGAUGACUACUUAACGGUGAAAAAAGGAGAGGAGGUGUAUGGUGUUUUCAGUGUGAAACCUAAUCCGAAAAACAAGCGUGAUCUUGACUUCACAAUUGAUGUGGACUUCAAGGGUGAUCUUUCAGAACUCGGAGCAAGUUUUGUGUACAGAAUGCGUUGAUAAUGUAAUUCUGAAGUAGGGUGAAACCAGUGUGUGUUAUCAGUUUUUAUUCAGCAUAAUGGUACUUCCCUUGAUGCUUUUGGUGUCACUGUACAACAAUCUUCUACUCUCCAUUGUAAAAAAAUAUUACCCAUAUUGUGUCAGAUUUGCAUCUUCUCAUGGUUACACUAGCAGUGUUACCCCCUUCUUUCAUACUUUGUUUUGCAGAAUUAAGUUAAAAAUCAGGAUCAGUUAAAUAUUCAUUUCUGAACAUUUUUUGUUCUGUUUCUCAUGGCCUAUCACCAAUCUUACAAAUGUAUUUGCAUUUUAGGUAAAUUCUGAUUACACAAAAAGGUUUAUACUUGUUUCUCAAAUAGUUUGGCUGGAGCUGUACAUCUGGAAAUGUUUACAGCUUUUAAACAAAAUUACUUGCAGAAAUAAAUAUUUCAUGGUGUAACAAGGCACCUGUCAUAAUUUACUUUUCAUUAUUAGAGAACUUAGAUUUCACAUGGUCUAGAUUCAAUAUUUAAAAACUAAGGAAGAAGAAAUACCUCACAUAGUAUAAUGUGACAAUUACUGUAUGAGUAAUAAUUGCUGUAGACACAUAGCAAGGAGAUUAAUAAUAAGUUAAGCAAACCUUAUAAUCAAGCUGACAAAUUUUGAAACAACUUUGUUACAGAUUGUAAACAUAUUUUACUAUCAAAAUCUUUGUAGCCAGUAAAGAUAUUAAAAACAAUUGAUAAUGAAAUAAAAAAUUAACUUAGACAGUUGUCUUUUGAAAUAAAUUUGUAUAGACUGAAAUGCUUCUGUACUUCAGAAUUUAAGCUUAAUUCAUGUUUCUUAUGUAACAAAAUGUCGACCUUUGCUAAUUCUAUAACAUAAGAAAACAUGGGUACUGUAACAAAAUGAUUUGUUUGAUAAUUGGUAGGAUUAUUGGCCCAUUUAAUGGUUUUUCUUUCUUUUUUUUCAAAUACUUUGCCUCUGAAUUUAAGCUUAAUUCAUGUUUCUUAUGUAACAAAAUGCCAACCUUUGCUAAUUCUAUAACAUAAGAAAACAUGGGUACUGUAACAAAAUGAUUUGUUUCAUAAUUGGUAGGAUUAUUGGCCCAUUUAAUGUUUUUUUUUGUUUGUUUUUUUCAAACGCCUUGCCUCCGGAGCUAGUUUCAAUAUUGAUCACAUCAUCCAUUGAUCAUGUUCUUUCCCUUCUAGGCUUAAUGUACUUUUCCUUUAACUGACAAAAUAAAGUUUUAUAUAAAUUUA